CAGAACAGCCUGGCGCCGCGCGCUCCUCGCUGCGCUCCGCCGGAGAAGUCGCCCCCGGAGCGGGCUCUGCGCGCGCCCCGCGCCCGCCUAGCUGCCUGGGCAAGGCGGGCGGCCGACCGGGUAGCGUAGGGGAGGAUCCCGCUCUGCGCCCGCCACCUUACCCGGAGCGCGGAGCCUGCGCCGCCCGGGGCAGCGCUGCGGGCUUUGUUCAGCAUUGUCUGUGCCCACCUGAGCGCCGCCUUUCCGGGAAGUCGGCGACCUUGGUGGCCGCGCACCUGGCGCGCGCCUCUCUCUCGACUCCGCGCGGUCGGUGCCCGGCGAGGCGGCCGAGGCAGUGGGACAGGGCAUCGCGGGCGCGCAGACCCAGGGGGCACGAAACCAGUUCUCUGUCAACAUGCCCUCUUUGCUGUUGCUGGGAGCCAUCUGGACUUUCCUGUUUUCCAGAGUGCCCCCGUCCCUCCCUCUUCAGGAAGUCCAUGCGAGCAGGGAGACCAUUGGGAAGAUUGCUGCUGCCAGUAAAAUGAUGUGGUGCUCAGCUGCCAUGGACAUCCUCUUUCUGUUAGAUGGCUCUCACAGUGUCGGGAAAGGGAGCUUUGAAAGGUCUAAGCACUUUGCCAUCACAGUCUGUGAUGCUCUGGACGUCAGCCCUGAGCGGGUCAGAGUGGGAGCGUUCCAAUUUGGUUCUACUCCUCACCUGGAAUUCUCCUUGGAUUCAUUUUCAACGCGACAGGAAGUGAAGGCACAAAUAAAAAAGAUGGUUUUCAAGGGAGGACGCACGGAGACAGGCCUUGCUCUGAAAUACCUUCUUCAAAGAGGGUUCCCUGGAGGCAGAAAUGGCUCUGUGCCCCAGUUACUCAUCAUUGUCACCGACGGGAAGUCCCAGGGGCAGGUGGCGCUGCUGGCCAAGCAGCUGAAGGAGAAAGGCGUCACUGUGUUUGCGGUGGGCGUCCGGUUUCCCAGGUGGGAGGAGCUGCGCGCUCUGGCCAGUGAGCCCCAGGAGCAGCACGUGCUGUUGGCUGAGCAAGCGGCGGACGCCACCAACGGCCUCCUCAGCACCCUCAGCAGCUCUGCCCUCUGCAGCACUGCUGCUCCAGACUGCAGGGUCGAGGCUCACCCCUGUGAGCACAAGACGCUGGAGACCAUCAGGGAGCUGGCUGGCACCGCCCCAUGCUGGAGAGGAGCCCUGCGUGCUGACGCUGUGCUGGCCACACGCUGUCCCUUCUAUAGCUGGAAGAGAGUAUUUCUAAGCCACCCUGCCAGCUGCUACAGGACCACCUGUCCAGGUCCUUGUGACUCCCAGCCCUGCCAGAAUGGAGGCACGUGCAUUCCAGAAGGACUGGACAGGUACCAUUGUCUCUGCCCACUGGCCUUCAGAGGGGAAGCCAACUGUGCCCCGAAGCUGAGCCUGGAGUGUAGAAUCGAUGUCCUCUUCCUGCUGGACAGCUCUUCGAGCACUACCCUGGAGGGCUUCCUCCGGGCCAAGGCCUUCGUGAAGCGCUUUGUGCAGGCCGUGCUGAGUGAGGACUCUCGGGCCCGUGUGGGAGUGGCCGGGUACAGCAGGGAGCUGGCGGUGGCAGUGCCUGUCGGGGAGUAUCAGGAUGUGCCAGACCUCGUCAGGAGCCUCGACGGCAUCACAUUCAGCGGCGGCCCCACCCUCACAGGGAGAGCCUUGCAUCAGGCGGCAGAGCGUGGCUUUGGGAGUGCCACUAGGACAGGCCAGGACCGGGCACGAAGGGUGGUGGUCCUGUUCACCGAGUCACACUCUCAGGAUGAGGUGGCCGGCCCAGCACGUCACGUGAGAGGCCGCGAUCUCCUCCUGCUUGGCCUGGGCAGUGAGGCUGUGCGGGCAGAGCUGGAGGAGAUCACAGGCAGCCCGAGGCGUGUGAUGGUCUAUGCAGAGCCUCAGGACCUGUUCAACAAAAUCCCGGAGCUGCAGGGGAAGCUGUGCGUCCAGUCACGGUCAGGCUGCCAGGCACAAGCAAUGGACCUGGUCUUCCUGUUGGACGCCUCAGCCUCAGUGGGACCUGGGAACUUUGCUCAGAUGCAGAGCUUCGUGAGGAGCUGUGCCCUGCAGUUUGACGUGAACCCUGACGUAAUGCAGGUUGGGCUGGUGGUGUAUGGCAGCCGGGUACAGACAGCCUUCGGGCUGGACGCCCACCUCACCCGUGCUGCCGUGCUGCGGGCCAUGAGCCAGGCCCCCUACCUGGGGGGAGUGGGCUCAGCUGGCACGGCCUUACUGCACAUCUAUGACAAGGUGAUGACUGUCCAGAGGGGCGCCCGGCCUGGUGUCCCUAAGGCAGUGGUGAUGGUCACAGGUGGGAGGGGGGCAGAGGAUGCAGUUGUCCCUGCCCAGAAGCUGAGAAACAACGGCAUCGCGGUCCUGGUCGUGGGCGUGGGCCCAGUGCUGAGAGAUGCACUGAGGAGGCUCGCUGGUCCUCGGGACUCCCUGAUCCAUGUAGCCGCUUACUCGGACCUGCAGUUCCACCAGGACAUGCUCAUCGAGUGGAUAUGUGGAGUAGCCAAGCGGCCAGUCAACCUCUGCAAACCCAGCCCAUGCAUGAACGAGGGCACUUGUGUCCUGCGGCGUGGGAGCUACCGCUGCGAGUGCCGUGAUGGCUGGGAGGGUCCCCACUGUGAGAACCGGGUCUUGAGAGGAGACGCCCCCAAGGCGCGUGGCUCUCGCCAGGAUCCUGCCUCAGGGCUGCACCCACAUGGCUCCCAGCAGCUGCAGAGGCCUGGGCAUCCUGCGAGCUGAAAGGGCCGUGCCUUUGGCAUACCACAUCUUCUGGGUCCGUGUGUGUCUGCUGCCCGCUCUGUGCACAGCCCUCCUUCCUACCAGCUUCCGCCAGGAACAGGCUGCAGUUCACCGUGCUUAGGACAACAGGAGCAGCUCAUGUCACCUACUGACAGUGACGCGGAAAAUGCUUCUUGCUGUGUGAGUACACACUUUCUGUACCUAGCUGUACCUUGUCGAGGAUGUCGUCCGCCACUUUUCCCCUGAGGAUACACAAGACACUGUGGAGAAUUCUGAUGGCUUGUGUGAGGUUCACUUUGCCAGGCAGAAUUCUGUUGAGACAGAAAGCUCCAAAGGAAAGCAUUUACCAGGCCAUCAUCUGGGCCACGGAAACAAUGGUAUCAUUGCCAGAUGGAGACGUAUGGACGGUGUCACAUCUCUAAAGGUCGCCAGCGUGCAUUUACUUUUAAUUUGGAAAGGGACUCAUACGGCAUUUGUGACUUUUGGUGACUGGGUCUGUGUGAUGGAAAGACCUGGAAAGGUCUCAAAGUGCAUUUGACCACUUGCCCUGUUUGGUUGGUGAUGGGGGCGGGGCCAGGUAUGCAGAUGGCUCAGUCUGGAAGGGCCACAUGUGACUGGUGUGGAUGCUAGGCCCCAGCUCUUUGGCGGUGGGGAGUGGGGGGGUAUUUUCCUUUUCAAAGUGUCUACUUGCGAGGGGCUAAUUGUGAGUUCCUACUGAAUAUUUUUAUCAGCUUUGAGUGGGGGCAAAGAGGAGUAGAAUUCUUAAACCCAACAAAUAAAGGAUAAAGACACUUCUAGAGGCCUUUGUCUUUUUAAGCAGAGAUGGUAUGCUAAUUCUUUUGUUUUUGCUUUGCUUUUUAUGCCAAGUUUUUAAAGAAAUCUUUUAAGAGAUGUCAGUUAUUUAGCAGAAAUAUUGGUGCAUAUGUGGCAAGAAAGAUUGUUUAGAAUAUUUUCUGGACCCUAGUGUAAGGGUGAGAUGGAGGUACUGUAUCAGUUUUGUUCCCCUUGGUCACAUUAUUUAAAGUUAGGUUUUCAUUAGAAGCCCUUGUGAUGUUCUGACAUAAAUCUAGAGACUUUUAUCAUGUUUCUUUUUAAUGGAAAUAUUUUAAUUUGUUUUAUAUACAGAUGUUGAAGGCUGUCUUGGUUUAAAUGGCACUCAGCUUUAAGAAAUUUGGGAUUUCUGACACUAGAAAAGUACUUGAAGAGGGGUCACAGGUAUCAUUAGACAAAGUCUGGAGUCCCAAUCACUGAGUCAUGACAGUUAUUUGUGUUUGAGGCAUAUUCGCAUUCCUAAUUUCAUAGAAGGCAGCAUUAGCACAGGUCCACAUGCCCAUCUAGGGGAUGCUAGUCAGUGAUACAGCAGAAUUACGUGAAUUCAUUGUCUUUAAUAGUAGCUCCAUCAUUUUAUCAUAUAGCUCUUUGUUGUCUUCAGGGCUAUUUGGAUGCCUCGUUCGAAAUACAGAUUAAAGGGACUUUAUGAUUUGUUUUUAGGAGCAGGGGUUCCAGUCCUUAACACCUUUUUCUACCUUUUCUAGUAAAAGGCCAAUGAACUAGAUCGAUGUCUCAGCAGUGACAGAGGGAAUUCUUGUUGUCUUGCUUAACCAGCCAAACCUUUUUCUCUCAUUUAAAAUGGUAUAGUGUAAGUUUUAGCUCUUAUUAAGUGGUAUGUUUUCACACAGAAACAAAUGACAGGUCAUAAAUCUGCUUGUAUUUUCUCUCAAUGAUCCUGAUGCCAUCCUUUGCUGAAUACUCUAGUUCUAAUGAGUUUCUUGCUCUCCUAGGGAAAUAUCAUUCACAAACAGUCAGUUUUGUUUCUUCUUCCUGAAGCUGACUACUACUCUUACGUGGCUUUGUCUAGGGCCUCUGUAAUAAUGUUUUGGAAAGUAGUGGAAAUAGCACAGCAAUCCGUAUCUGAUUCCAGACUAAAGGGGCUUUUCAACAUGAUAAUUUCUGUGGGUUUUCUGCGGGUCCCUUUAUCAGGUUAAGAAUGUUCAUUCCUGUCCCUAGAUGACUGUUUUUAUAAGUGUUAAGAUUGUUUUUUUACAUUUAAUCUCUUAAUGUGAUGAAUUACAUAUUUGUAUACUUCCUAUCACUGAACCAUUUUUAAAUACUCUGGAUAAACCCUAUUUGGUCAGGAUAUAUCAUUUUUUAAACAUUGCUGAAUUUCUUUCAUCUGUGUCUAAGAGUGAGAUUCGGUCUUACUUUUGCAGUGCAUAUAGACCUUUUGAUAUCAGAUCAAUACUAAAUAAACAUUACCAUAGAAAAAUCCA